UCUUUCUUUUUCUAUAAACAUUUUUUAUUUAUUUAAGAGUUUUUCUGAUAUCUCUCAAAGAGAAGAGUGAGUGAGUGAGAGGAUCAAUCAUCAAUGGCGUCUCCAACACCAACGAGAAUCUCAUUCCGUAUACUGAUCCUGAUCGCUUUGAUGGUGCUUCUAUUCUAUGUCGGCCGUCCUCUCUACUGGAAGAUCUCCGCAACCAUCCACGAUAUCCGCCACAACAAGCAAUCCGUCAGAGAAGGUAUAUCUCAGAUCGUACAAGAGGCGCAGAGAUCGGUGGGAUGGUAUCACGACGAGUCGGACUCUGGGAUCUUAGAGGUUCAUAACAAGAAACCGAGAGUCUCCGCCUCUCGGAGGCUUCUUUUCGCCGGUGAUCAGUGAGAAAAUUUCACAUUUGGUUUCUUCUAAAUAAUUUGUACUACUGCUGUGUUUGUUGUCUGUGUGUAUGUUUGAUCGUGUCGCCACUUUACAAGAAUAACAUUAUCAAGUUUUAUA